AUGAAAUACAACGUUUAUUUUCUUAAAUUAGCUUUUUUAUAAAUUGCUUUCAUUUAAUUAUUAAAUUUUUGUAAAAUAAUUAAGAAUUACAACUCUAAGUAACUUUUUAUCAUUUGCAAUCAAGCAAGAAGUUUUUACAUUUUAUUAGGGCAAAUAAAAAAGAUAAUGCAAUCAUAUAAGCUUCACGUUGUUUCUGAGCAUCUAUAGGAUAGAUAUCCAUAUCUCGAAGCAGAUUUUAACGAUCGUUAUGAUAAUACUGAAGUUUAUCAUGCUGUUUUUGAUAGGAGUAUCCCAAAAUUAAUUGAAAUUUUAUUGAUGCCAGAAAUUGAGGAAUUUAAGUACAGAGAUGCCUUAAUAACUUUAAAUGAGAUGGUAUCGCAUUAAGAGAUGAAAGAUUAAAUGAUAUCAUAAGGUUUAAUUAGUAUUGCAUCAGCAUUUUUACACCACAAAAUUGUUGAAAUAAGAAGAGAAGCUGUACUUUUACUAGGCUCUUUGGUCUCAAUUAUGAGAGGAAGAUAAAUAGUUGAUGAUUUAACAUAUGAAGGAUUUAAAAACCUCCUUUUUGAUGAAAAUUUAAAAGCAAGAGAAGCUAAUGCUUGGGCUUUAUGCAGAUUCUUAACAGGAAGAGAUGGUGUCGAUAGAUUAGCUUAAUCAAAAAUUAUUUAAUAUAUGGUAGAAUCCUUUUUAAAAUACACUGAAUAACCAAAAUUAGAAGAAGCUAAGUUCAUUAUUAUGCUUCUUGAAGGCUUCUUAAAUAUUCUUUAGUAUGAUAAUGGUAUUGUGUUCUUUGUAAAAACAGGAAUAGUAGCUCGUCUUAACAAAAUUUUAAGAAACGAAGAUGACACCUAUUAUGACAGAUAAUGGAGUUUAAGAAUUAAUUACCUAUGUUUAGAUUGCUUAGCAAAAAUAUGUGUUAACACUUAGGGCAAAGAAGAAGGCAUUGAAUUAAAGGUUAUUAACACAGCUAACAAUUUCUUAGACUCUCCCAUAAACGAAGAAAAAAAAUACUCAGUUGUUUUAAUUAUGAAUUGCUCAAUACAUUUAGAUGGUAAAAAGUAAUGCACUUAUGUUGAUGACGAUAAUUUAAUUAGAAAAUUAAUAGCUUUGUUAGAUAGCAAAGACGAAAAUUUAAGAGUUGAUGUUAAAUAAGCUCUGAAAAACAUUGCUGAAUUACCUGAUGGCUUCUUGGUAAUAACAGCAAAACUAGCUCAUAACUUAAACUAUUUGAAAGAGGUAUUUUUCGUAAAAUAAGGAAAUCAUAGAGUAUUUGAGCAACCAGUUUUACUGGCCUUAGCAAAGCUACUCCCUAAAACUUCUGAAUUGCAAAAUCCUCCUAAUCUUCCUGCUAAUAAGGUCCUUGAUUAUGAAAAAUAUUGUAUAGCAAUUUGCUACUUCAUAUUAAAUUAAGAAGAAGUUAUUCAUGAUGCUUUAGAGUAAAUUGUAAAGCUAGUUGAAAAAUUAGCUCCAUUUUUGCUUUUCAAAAACAAUAAGUAAUUGCAAGAUAUGGUUGCUCAUACCCUUCAAAAGUUAAUUUAAGAUUCAGAAACAAAAAGAUAGCUAAUUUAAUAUAUAAUGAAAUAUGGAAAUGUAGCACAUUAAAGCAACAACUCUACUUUAAAUGAAGAAAUAGCUAAAUAUAAAAAAUUAAGUGAAAUGUUAAGCAAGUGA